AUGACAGCCCUCCAUGCCUACUUCCACCAACGCAACCAGCAGGCCUUCCAGCGCCUGCUAGACCCCGCCCGCAACGGCUCUCAAGCCAGCGGAGGCGGUCCAAGCACGAGCGGCGGCAAGUCCUGGUCGCGCCCCAGUCCGCUAAGUGCCGCGGCUUCAGCUUCAACAUGCGAUGUCAACGCGCGCGACGGCCUCAGCCGCACAGUCCUCCACCUCGCCGCCUCGUCCUCCGACCCGUCCGCACCGGAGUUCGUGCGGCUGCUUCUUGGCCACCCCGGGAUCAACGUCAACAUCGCCGAUACUGAGAGCCAUUGGACACCACUCCAUCGCGCAUUGUAUAACGGGAAUUUGGCCGCCGCGCAGCUCCUCCUUCAGCGGUCCGACAUCGACGUGUCCGCGCGCGAUAUCGAAGGCUACACCCCGUUCGACCUCUACAACUCCACCAUCGAGGAAACGAUCCCGGACCACGACUUCCUCGACUUCAAGCCGCCGAAGGACCUCUUCACAUGGGGCUCGAACAGGAACGCCGCCCUCGGUGUCGGCGAUGGAGACGAUAGGGCCUUCCCAGAAUUAGUUUCUCUGCGCGUGGUGGCCGUUGACGCGAAGGAGCACGUCGACACCAGGUUCACGCCCAUCCGCGUCCGACAGGUGGCAAUGUCCAGGCUGCAUACAGUCAUCGUGACCGACGAACCACGAGGAAAUCUUCGUGUAUGCGGGUUUGGGAGCGGGGGACGCCUCGGACCGGGACAACACACGCAGUUCACUCCCAUCCCCAUCCCCGGCUUUAAUCAGACCGUUGAAUCGGUCGCGGUGGGUCAAGACCACACUCUCGUUCUUACCACCACUGGAGAGGUCUAUAGCUGGGGGCUGAAUCGAUUCUCUCAGCUCGGAUAUGUCAUCGAAACGGCCACAGGAGCGCGCCCCGAAGAACCCAUCCAAACUACUCCACGCAAGAUAGCCGGUGCCAUCAAGAACCAAGAGACGGCAUCGGCUUGUUGGUCGAGAUACCAUGUUUACGCUUGGGGCACUAACAACGGGCAAUUGGGCUUUGACAAAAAUGUGCAACCUGUACAAUCCGCUCCUCGUGUCGUAACCAAAGUCGCCCGACCCGUGCUCUCCGUAUCUAUCACGGACAACGCAAUGGCAUGUCUUCUUGACACCCAGGAAGUCUUUGUAUGUGGAAUAACGGAUGCUUCAAACUUCCCGGCGUACUCGUUUCCCUCUGAGUUCACGGCAAGCAGCGCAAGCAUUGACAAGAUCACCAGCUGCGAGGAUGCUUUCGCGGCUCUCUCUUCAAGCGGCGAAUUGUUCACAUUCCACUUGCAUUCGCCCCCGGAAGGGUCUUCAACAUCCACGAAGGCUCGAUUCAACGUGCAGCCUCAGCGGGUGUGGGCUCUACGGAAGCGAUUCAGUGCCGUCAGGGACGUUGCCAUUGGCAUGGACGGCUCUAUCAUCAUUUGCACAGAGUCCGGCCACGUUUUCGUACGCUCUCGCAAUCUCAAGGCAGGUCAAGGCGCUUCAGUGAAGACGUUCAAGUUCCAGCGUGUUCCGCAUGUCCAGCGGAUCACACAAGUCUCCGCCAACGCCACGGGGGCGUUCGCUGCUUUGCGGUAUGACUGGCGGAUGGAUGAAGUAUCCGUCUAUGGCAACCUCUUCCCCCAAGAUCUCGCGGUCGUUCAGCCAUACCUCCGCAUGAACCUUGUGCAGUAUUCUCCUGUCGGAGCGGACGUCGGUCAGAUCCGGUCGCUAUGUUCCGUCAUUGUCGGUCUCAAGGCCGCGCGCAAAGCUACCGAGGGAGCGAAGACUCCGGACUUCGAUGCAAUGCCCCUCGAUGCGGAUCUCAUCGUUCACGUUCAGUCCACCGGAAUCAACCUCCCUGCACACCGUGUCAUCUUAGCCGCUCGGUCUUCCCAAUUACAUCAGGCUCUAUCCGAAGGCAAAACGUUUGGUGAUCAUGGUAUCUCCGUGCAGGGACAUGUGCCCAAACCCAAGACGACAAAGACGCCGAAGCUCACCUUUGGGGGCUGCCACCCGCUGACGGUUCUCAUCCUCCUCGUCUUCCUGUACACCGAUGAGCCGUUGGCGGUCUGGGAUCCUCGUAUCACGACAGUGAACCCCACGCAGAUCAAGGCUGAGCUGCAGUCCCUCGCUUCGGUGCUCGGCCUCACUUCGCUCUCGGACGUCCUCGGGGCUCCAGUCAAGAGAGCCGUGAAGCCGACCCUCGUUCGUGAUAUGCAGCAACUCUUCUCCAGCAGCCAAGACCAGACAUCAGGCAUCGGAGCGCGAGCCCAGCGGCCACUUGCGCCCGACGUCGUUUUGCAACUCGCGGACCGGGAUGUGUCAUGCCACUCUGUCAUCCUUCGAGCGCGGUCACCCUUCUUCACUGCUUUCUUCAACGACCACGACUGGACGCGUAACCGAUGGACUCCAGAAGGCUCUCUGCUGGUCAACUUGAAGCAUAUGAAGUGGCGCGCGGUAGAACCGGCUCUCAAGUACAUCCUAUGUGGGAAUGACAAGGAGAUCUUCAGCGUGGUGGAGGAUGUACGCUCGGCAGACGAGCUGAUCGACUUCAUGUUUGAGGUCAUGGCUGUUGCGGCUGAGUUGCACAUCGACCGCCUUAUGUUAAUAUGCUCCUGGGUGAUCAUGAAGCGCGUUUCGAUCAACAAUGUCUCUUCUGUUUUGACUGACGCGACACACUACCACGCUGAUGCACUGGUCGAACUCGUGCAAGAGUACAUGUCGAUCAACAUGGAAGUCUUUUUGGCGAAUCAUAUGCUCGACGACCUUACCUCAGACCUUGUCAAGCAGCUUUCCGCGUUCAAGUACCCAAUAACUCGUUCAACACACAUCGUCGACAAGGCAAUGGAGACAUGGGGAAAUUGGCUUGCCCUUCAGGACAUCCCUCAGCCCAUCCUCUCUCCCCCCGGCACCGGCAAGCGUCAGACGCGGCGUUCGGAUGCGUCUGCGCCCAACAGUCCCAUUCUGCGCCCCACGUUCAGCACGCGCCCCCAAAUGUUCAUGAUGGACGAUCCCGAGCCUUCUCGGCAACCCAGCGGCAGCGAGUCUCCCGCACGGCCUCUCGUCGGCUGGCGCACCAUCUCUGCUCCCAAGACGGACAUGAAGACGAUCAUUGCGGAGGCUUCGACGAGCAAGAUCGGGGGAUCACCAGGUCGCGCCCCCGCCGGCAUGUCUGCUCGCUCUUCCGAGCCGUUCCCGCCUGGCACCCCUCCCAGACCAUCCAUGGACUCGCCAAGCAAAACCGCGGGGGCCACUCCACGCACUCCCUCCGGUUCGUGGAGGAUCCCACAACAAGCCGGAGUCCACACGCCCCCAAGCGGCUCUCCCGCCGCGUCGUCAUCGAUCGCGUUCCCCGGUCGGGACGGACGAACGCCGUCCAGCGGCCCCAGCGCCGUGCCCGGUCCUUCAGGCAUCGCGCAGGGCUCCGCCGUUCGGCCCCCAGCCCCGCAGCAGCCCUCGCCGCGGAAACCCCCUGCCCCCGGCCUCGGCCCUGUCUUCACGCCCACGAAGCAGGCCGGCGCUGGCGCCUCUUCCAUCCGUCGCGUCUCGAGCGGCAGCGUGUGGACCCCACCGCCCGUGCAGCCGGUCGUGCAGCCGUCGGCGCCGUCGCCCAGCGCGUCGACGAUGUCCUUCGCGGCCAUCCAGCGCGCGCAGGAGGCGCAGAACGCGCCGGCGCAGGCGAAGGACAAGCGCUCGCUCGUCCAGAUCCAGGAGGAGGAGCAGGCGCGGCGGGUCGAGGAGGACUUCCUGCGCUGGUGGACGGAGGAGGAGGAGCGGCUGCGCGAGGAGGAGCGCGCGACCGCGGCGCUGCUCACCGGGGAGGGAGGGACGGGGGAGCAGCCACAGAGGCCGAAGAAGUCGAGGAAGGGCAAGGCGGUCGCCGGAGCUGCCCCUGCGGCGCCGGGCGGGAAGGGAGAGGACAACAGACCGCCGCGGAAGGCGGCGCUGGUGCAGGACGGCGCGCAAGGCCAGGCCCAGGGAGGAAAGUCGCGCCGGCGCAAGCCUGCCCAUGCGCACGGGAAGGACGACGUUCAUAUACGCAAGGAGGAGGACCACGCGCAAUCUUGA